CAUGUCCAGUGCCUGUAUGAGACAUAGAAGUAGGAAGCAAUCAUGAGCCAAAGUUUGCUUCACGGGAAGAGAUUCUUCUGCAGAGAAUGGGCUUUUGCCAAAAUCAAUCAUUGUUUGGAGAGUCGAUCUUCAUCCAAAACCUGUGGCACUCUUGUGACAGGAGGUCCAGGCUCUGGCAAGACUGCCUUGUGUUGCGAACUAGUGUGGCCGACAAAUAUUCAAGGGAAACAAAGUCUAUUAAGCAAACGUUUGUUGGCCUACCAUUUCUGCCAAGCUCAUGACAUCAAUAGUUUAUCGCUUGCUUCUUUCAUCAACAACCUCAUUAGCCAGUUCACCGCGUCACCUCUUAUUUGUGGUUAUAGCGAUAGAAUCAAAAGUCCAGAAGUGGAGGCUGCCCUUCAGUUGGCAGAAUGCGAACGCAAUCCAGAUGAAGCUUUCAAGAAAGGAGUUCUGUUUCCUUUACUUGAAAUUGAUCCACCAAGCCAGCCUUGUUUUAUACUCGUGGAUUCCGUAGACCAAUCUAUACUUGGAGCCGUCGGUGAAAAAAGUGGAGGGGUGAGCCGAAGCAUUGCUGAGCUAUUGUCGAAUUACCACCACUUGUUUCCAAGAUGGCUACUUCUUAUUUGUUCGUCACGGAAACAGAGUAAAAGUGUAACACGGAUGUUUACUGGAUUUCGUAAAAUUAGUCUCGACGAUUUGAGAAAAUCGCAUGUUGUACGAGAUGUCCAACAAUAUAUAUUGUGCAGGCUGGAUCAAGAAGAAGCUCUUCGACAACAUUUGAGCAGAGAAACAGCAGAAAUGCUGAAUCAACUCCACAUUAAGAGCAAUGGAUGUUUCAUGUACUUAGAAAAAGUAUUAGAUGGUGUUGCAGAGAAUUUUAUAAUGCUGCGAGAAAUUCGUGAGAUACCAGGCACGCUUAACGGGUUAUAUUUAUGGUUGUGUCAAAGAUUAUUUAUAAGAAAGCAGUUUAGUAAAGUGCAGGCUAUUCUUAAUGUUAUCCUCGCAGCUAGAAAACCUUUAACUGAAGAAGUAUUAUACCAGUGCGUUUGGACACGAAACACGAACUUGUCGUGGGAAGAGUAUCAAAAACGCUUUGGGCUUUUAUCAAAAGUUCUUAUUGAGGGCAAGGGAGGAACUAAAAUAUUGUUUCAUCAUAGCUUUGCAGAGUGGCUUCUUGAUGUAAAACACUGUACUCAAAAGUACCUUUGUAAUGCUAAAGAUGGCCACGGUAUGAUAGCAAUGAGAUAUACAGUUAUAUCCCCCAAUCUUACUCAAGAAGAAAUAAUUGAUUUUGCUUUGCAUUUAAGUAAAAUACCGCUUACUGCAUCCUUACAAUCUCAUCACAUAACAUUAUGGCUUAUGCAUUGCAAUUUGUCUCUCGAAGACUGUCUAACCAAAACCACUAUGCCCAAAGAUCUUCAAACUGUCAAACUUCUAGUCAAUGCUGGUGCCAAGUUGCCAACAGGAGAUACUGUGAAAGACAACAGUCCUAAGGUGCCUGAUGAUCCUCUCGAGGCUUUGAUGUCUGUGGGAGGGGACAUCAAUCAAAUUGAUAGUAAUCAAAGAACAUUGCUACAUAGUGCAUGCCAUGAAGGAAUAGACAACCUAGUCUCAAGGCUUAUAGAGAAAGGAGCCGAGUUGGAUGUUGUGGAUAAAAAUGGCCAGUCUCCUAUCAAUCUGGCCGCUCGACAAGGCCAUGCUCGAAUUGUAGAAUUGCUAUUAAAAGCUGGAGCGGAUCCAGAUCAUGCUGAUAGUGAUGGUUGGACGCCAUUACGGUCAUCUGCUUGGGCUGGUCACACAGAAGUUGUGAACGUUUUAUUAGAAAACGGAGCCCAAGUUGACCUAGCGGAUUCUGAACAUCGCACAGCUCUUCGAGCUGCGGCAUGGGGUGGCCAUGAAGAAAUCGUUUCCCGGUUGCUAGCUUAUGGAGCGUGUGUGAACAAAGUUGACAACGAAGGUCGAACAGCCCUGAUUGCAGCUGCCUACAUGGGCCACACCGAAAUUGUUCAACAGUUGCUUGAUCACGGUGCUGAAAUUAACCACGAGGACAGCGAUGGUCGAACAGCUUUGUCAGUGGCAGCUCUUUGUGUUCCAGCUUCCGAGGGACAUGCUAGAGUUGUCAGCCUUCUUCUAGAAAGAGGGACAGAAGUAGACCAUAGGGACAAAGACGGCAUGACGCCUUUGUUGGUAGCUGCAUUUGAAGGGCACAGCGAGGUUUGCGAACUUCUUUUGGAGAAUGAAGCUGAUGUAGACCACACUGACAACAAUGGCAGGACACCUCUCGUGGCUGCAGCUUCUAUGGGGCAUCCUUCAGUAAUCAGUCUUCUGCUGUUUUGGGGGGCUGCCGUAGACACCAUAGAUGCUGAAGGUCGCACCGUCCUGUCCAUUGCUGCUGCCCAAGGCGAUCCUGAUACUGUCCGACAACUCCUAGAUCGUGGGUUGGAUGAAAUGCAUCGAGAUAAUGGUGGCUGGACUCCACUUCAUUAUGCAGCUUUUGAAGGUCACACUGAAGCUUGUGAAUUGCUGUUAGAAGCAGGAGCGAAAAUUAUUGAAGUAGACAAUGAUGGAAGGAUACCAUUGAUAUUAGCUGCUCAAGAAGGACACAGCAAUUUAGUUAAAAGGCUGCUCGAACAUACUCCAUCGAUGAUUGAUUCCAGAGCUCAUGACGGGAAGACCGCUUUGAGGAUUUCUACGCUGGAAGGACAAAAAGAAACAGCUCAGCUUUUGAUAAGUUUUGGAGCAGAUAUCAACUAUAAAGACGCUGAUGGACGAUCAACUUUGUAUCUGCUAGCGCUUGAAAACCGAACAGAAAUGGCGGAAUUCUUAUUGGCACGUGGAGCUGAUGUAGAAGCACGUGACCUUGAAGGACGGACAGCUCUUCACGUAUCCGCUUGGCAAGGCCAUACAGAUAUGGUUGAACUUCUUCUUAACCAUGGUGCCGACGUAAAUAGUGUUGAUAACGACUAUCGAACAGCUCUUCAGUCUGCUGCUUGGCAAGGACAUGUUUCUGUUGUCAGACUUCUUUUAGAAAGAAGUGCUAUUGUUGAUCAUGUUUGUAACCAAGGAGCUACUGCCUUAUGUAUAGCAGCACAAGAAGGUCAUUUGGAAGUAGUUAAGGUGCUCUUAGAGUACGGUGCAGAUCCCAGUCACGCCGACCAGUUUGGGCGAAAUCCAAUCCGUGUUGCAUCUAAAGGAGGUCACAGUAACGUAAUUCGUCUGCUAGAAGAAUAUGUAGCUCAUCUUCAAGAAAUAGGAAAUGCGAAAAACUUUUCUGGUAGCAUCAGCACGACAUCUCUGACUUCUGCUUCAACAGCUGAGACUAAACCUUGCAGUGCCAUUCUUUGCCAACCAGGUGGUGUAGCUCCAUCACCAGUAGAAUCUCCCGAGUCAACAGUAGAUAAAAGAAGAUCUUUUAUUUCCAAUCAGUCAUCUUCGAAGUCUUCAAGUAAUUUAACCAAUUCUACCAAUAAGUCUACGUCCAAAGGUCAUCCACAAUCCCAACAAGCUCAGCAAAAUGUACAAGAAAAUAACUCCAAUUGCCAUAAUUCUUCUGCAGUUACUAAUGGAAAAGCAGUUGGCUCUACCAUGACUUUUACUCAGCAGUUACAGCAAUGCACGCGAAAUAGGAAUCGUAUAAGUAGGCUGCUGUCGCCUUUAAGCGAACCACACAGCCCCAUACCAAGCCCACCACAAAGCCCAUUGAGUGAUAUCCAAGGUCAAAGAUUGUCACCAGUUCAAGUCACAAGUCCUGGUGGUGGGGGCGGUUCUAGUACCGGACCAUUUGCACCCUACUCAACCCAUGUACCUAUUGUAAUUCCACCAGUUGUGCACGAAUCAACUAAUAAUUGUAAGCAGUCCCAUUUGCCUCGUCGAAUAUCGACUAACACAGGAUCUAAUGAUUCCAGUCAUCCCAUCCCAAGGCCAAACGAACCACGUAUACGCAGAAAUGGAAUUGUUACCAACCCUAAUUAUAAAGGUAACAAUAUAAUAUCUGCAGUUCCCGUGAAAAAUAGUCCUGUGAAAAAAUCGAUCAAUAUUUCGAUGAAUAACCACUCAGCGCAGUUGAAAAAUAAGCAUAUUUCUGAGUACGAUGAAUCUCUCAAAGCGAAUGCACUGCCUUUUAAGAAAGAAACUCACUUAUGAUAAAAUAAGAGCUGAAAACAAGACUAAAUUUUUAGACACUACCUACCAAAAGAAGUUUAGCUCGUUCGUGUCUUAUUUGUACGUAUGAACUAUGACCAAACAUGAAGUUUUAAAACCAAACAAUAUAUUACAUAACCACCAGCAACACUAAAUUUGUAUAAGUUUCUAACUUUGAUAUAUCUUAAAUAGAUUUUUUUUCUCUCUUUUCGAAAUUGCAUUUAAACUUACUAAGUCAUUUUCAUGAUUUUUUUUCUGUUACAAGUUGUAAAAAGUAUUAAGUUUUUGUGUCUGUGUGAAAAUAUUUUUUGGUUUUUAUUACUUUAUUGGGAUCUCUUGUAGAUGAAAGCGCAUGGGCAUAAGUUAUGUUUACUGCUUAAGUAACUAUGUGGCAGGACUUCAGGUUUUUGAAAUCCUGAGUCCUAGUUCCUACAAAAGGUAUUGCAUUGAAUAUAAAAUUAUUGAAUAGCUUACUGUGUUUGUAUCUCUAGUAAUCAAUUGAAUCGCCAUUUGUUCCGUUCCUAUAGUGUAUCAUAAAUGCAGUGAAACAAAAAAUGAUUUGAAGAGGCUAUUUAAUAUGUCAUUGUGUAAUUUAUUUAAAUAAAUGUAACUU